GUAACAACCAACGCAAUCCUCAAUGAAUCCUGGCUUUCAAAUCGGCCCUUGACGAAUGGGCGUUGGUACAGCUGCUUGCAGCACAUUCACCUUCCCUGUCCUUCACAUGAUAGAAUUUCCACCUCCCGCAACAUUUCCCCCCAAAACUUUGGGCAAAGCUCGGAGCUUACAAGAUGCGCAAUCCUGCACCUUCUUGACUACGACCCCCCUUACUCGAGAUCAGAGGUCACACUAAGGCUGGGGCACAACAGCCAUGUCCGACCGCGAUGCCAGCUCUCCAACCGACGUCCAUGCUCGUCGAGCUGGCAAGCAGGCAGCGGGCUACCUAGAGCCAGAAACGCAAGCCAGACUCGGCAACGGGCCUGGAGAUUCAAUCGUGGAUGGUGGUUCAUCAAGCAGACCUGCCGCAGAGUCAUCGUCGAUGCAGCCCUCUCCCGAUGACGUUGGCAUAUUCCAGCCUAGAGCUCUCCGGUCCAGCAAGGCGAACGAUGACGAUGGCAGCCCGUCUAAAGGACGGCGGCAUCGGUCCCACAAGCAGAGGUCGAGCGGAGCCUUCUUGCUCUCCGACUCUUUACACGACAAUUCCACCCAAGACCUUCGACGCCCACAUCCCGACAGACGAAGUCGAAAUGUUUCCGAUAGCUACGGGAAAGGUUUGGCCUCCCAGGCUGCAGAACGGCCGCACUCGAGCGGCGAGUACCCUAAUAGCGACUCUCCCCGAUCGAGCGUAGCCCCUCUCGACCUGGACUCGACACAGAUCGUGAAUAUGGCCUUGAACCUGAGCGAGACAAGACGGUUGGCUUCGAGGAGAACCGUUUCACAACACAUAUCCCCGAGGCUUGCACAACUACCGGAUAGCAUUGCAGGAGGUGGUCUUAGACAGCAUCUCCAGCAGCAGAGGCGAAUGUCAGGGAGGGUUUCCCCGAAGCCUCGGGCGCUGUCAAGAGGCGGGACGGGCAGCCAGAAGCUUAAUAGUCCAUUACAAUCAUCGUUCGAUCCAGUCCACGAUGGGAGUUACCGAUACCACUUCUCAAAGUCGACUCUGUCGCGGGCACAGAAGGCCAAAGAUUACCUCGAGCUUCUUGCUCAGUACAGGCGGCUGCUAGACUUCGUGCCGCCUCUGACGCUAGAUCAGGCUGGAAGAUCAUCCACAGCUAGCCGUCCCACCACACCGAACGGGCUCGUUAAGCUGUCCAAUUCAGCUUCUCCUAACGUCGGUGGGACCCUUGGGAGACCGUACAACCCCCUGCAGUAUGUACGGAACCGCAAAGUCAGGGCGCGAGAACGGCAGGCCAUUGAUAGCGAAGCCCAAGGGUUCAACGAUGUCCUUCGAGUGACGGAAUGGGUAGACGAGGUGGCUAAACCGGGCACCUCCAGAUCAAAUAGUCUGCCGUGGGACGGUCUACCAUCCUUUCCUCUUGCUAAUGAAGAGGCGACGGAUGCCAACCCGCCAUCCAACGCUACGAGAGCGAUAUCGAACCCGUCGAAACCGAAGCGACCAAGGGUCGACUGGGUAAUCGAUCCCGCAGAUAUGGUUGCUGAUCUGUACUGGCUCGAGCAGGGUGACCACAAGAUGCUGGUCGAAGACCGCCAUUGGAGACGUGUCUUUCCUCAAGACCCUGAACUCUACAGGCCAUGGUCACGCCAAACCAAUGAUAGCAGUCCCCCUGUAAACCCUCAAGCUGGUCCAGUGGCAGAACUGUCAACUACCACCACCAAGAUCGAUUCAACCGUCUCCAAACCGGUCAAAGGGGAACGGGAACACGAACAUGUUUUCAGCAGUGCCCGUGAACGUGCCCACCAAAAACUGCAAGUUCUCAAAGGGUUACAUCAUCAUCAUCGCCGGCAUGGCAGUUCGAUACAUAGGUCCGACUCCCUGCGUGACCGUCGUGGUUCUCUAUCAGACGCGUCAGUCACGGACGAUGGCAUCCGGCGGAGACACAGAAGCGGAACACUAGGGAGGAGCGACCUAGAUGUCCUGGAAAAGCAGAUGAGGGAUAUGAUCGCCCAAGAGCAAAGAGACGAGGAGCUUAACACCCGGCACGACCCUCCCGCGGUACAGCAACCGUCGUCUCCCAACGGGGCGAGGACGCCUGAAGCGGAGAGGCUCGUGGCUUCGACUGCACCAAGCCGUACACCAAGCCACAAGAGGGAGACUUCCAUCACUGAACCGACUGAGGCGGAGAGGAAGUACAGGAAGUUGAAACCACGCCCGGCAUCCCCGCAACGUCCCGGCCGGGAUAGUUUGGAAGUCCCACAGUCCGGAAGGCGCCAUUCGGUUGACUACGACACCUCGGUGCCAAAUUCCCCAGAUCUGAGACCGACUCGAAACAGUCCCUUUGUCCCUGCUAUAGGCAUGGAUCUCUCGCCUUCAUCAAGCAGGCCCAGUUCUCCAAGCCGGAAGCCAAUAUCUAAUCUAAAGAGGAUCUUUCGCGAUCGCAGCCGCGAGCGAGGUGCAGAUUUCCACCUGGGCGAUAAAGGAAGCAGUUCGGAACCGGCCAUCGCAACCCGCGAAGCGACUCAAGAGCCGCCAUCUGCGGAGAGGACAAGGAAGGUAUCCCCGCAGCGGAGAGGCUCCGGGAGCCCCGUUAGCAAGAUUGCGUCCCGAGAAACCGACAGCAGCCACAAAUCACAUCGGAGUAUUGGUAGCAUCAAACUACGUGGUGAUGACUCGAGCUCUGGACUCCGAGGGCUGCUCAGAGCUCCUCGGAUCGAUAGUGUUCUACGCAGCGGUGUUUCCAGGGUCGGUGACCUGCUAUGGAAGAAGGAAAUCGAGACUAGCGAGCUGCCGUCCUCCGAUACAUCGUCCUCUGAGUCCGAACUGGAACCGAGGAGAGGUAGAUCGAGGGAACACGCGUCGUCAUCACAGACACCGCCCCACAAACCAAACGAAGUCUCUGGCCAGCAUAGUGGGAAGACGUAUCUUGAUGUCAUGCCAUCGUUUGUGCCAGCUUCGGAGUCACAUGGGAAGCCCGGCUUGGGCGAGCCAGGAUCACCGGCGCCGUCGCGGCCACCAAGCCGCCGAUCUACCCGUUUCGACCGUCUCAAACCCCCAAAGAUAGACGUACAAACCCCGCCGGGCCACGGCGUCCGCGCUCCCAACGAAGUCGAAGCGUCAGCCGCCGAGUCGCGCAGGAGCAGUUUCGCCGAGGGGGUCCGCGCCGCCGACGCCCGCCUGAACGCCGCGCUCUCCCUCACGAAGCAACAGCGCCAGUUCUCCGCGUCCGCGCCGGGCGCCCGGCGGUGGCCCAUCUGUGACCGCCGCGAGUCCGAGCCCUCCGCCGCCUCGCUUUCCAAAUCAGAGAUCGCCCGCCUGCGUACCCUCGUCCUCAGCUCCGGCAUCAUGGCCAUGGAGAUCGACCGCCGCGCCAAUGCCCGCCGGCUGCUGGGGUCCGAUGCAGGCUCGCAGCAGCAGCAGGAACAGCAGCAGCCGCAACCCGUCACGUGGGCAACAGUCGCCAACCUCGCGCCGGACCCCCGGUCGCGCGCCGAGCUGCUCCGCCGGCCGACGGCGCAGACCGAGGUAUACCCGCUGGCGGCGCGGGUGCUGGCCUCGUCGGUCGGGUCGGCGGGGACGGCGUGGCGGCGCGACGCGGACGCGUUCGCGGGGUCGGCGGCGCCGGCGCUGGCGUCGCGGGCCGAGGAGCUGCGGGCGCGGGCGCGCGACCUGUCGGAGAUGACGCGCGCCGCGGCGGACGAGGCGGACGAGGUCGGCAGGGACCUGGUCGCCGGCCAGAGGCUGGGCGUCAAGCGCGUCGUGGACGUCAUCGAGAAGCUGCUGCGCCGGAGGAGGAGGAGGUUCAGGUGGCUGCGCAGGGCCGGGUGGCUUGCGCUCGAGUGGGCGCUUGUCGGGUUCAUGUGGUAUGUUUGGUUCGUCGUUGUGAUCGCGAGGGUGGUCUUCGGGAUCGGGAAGGGGGUCCUCGGCGGCGUAAGGUGGUUGCUGUGGCUGUAGUAGGCUGAACCGUGGGCCCUGGCUCCGAUGAGAGCGCUGGAGUUUGAUGAACUUCUUUUGUCUUUUGUUUGUCUGUCUGUCUUGCGAACACGCAGCAUUGGGAAGCAGGUUUGUGUGCUCUGGAUACCAUUUUCGGAUGCGGAUGCUGCUGCUUGCUUGCUUGUAUGCGCGCCUUGAUACCCGCCGCGAUUUUGGUUCUUUUCAUCAUCUUCUUUCCCGGGCUUUUAUUUUCUGACCAACUGUUUUCCGACUAUGCUAUACACUCACCUACACGUUAUGAUAGUCUUAAUUAGAGAGAGUGCGAGAGAUGCAAGCUAUAUAAUAAUCACGACAUACAUUAUCUACUAGUUUCCGU